GUUAUAUAACGCGAUCACACAACACCAUUUAACAUCACUUAUAACUGAACAAUGGGCUCCCUAAUAAUACCUAAACUUCUCAUAGUAGACUUCACAAAUGACAACUUAACCCCUGGCACAACCACCUGGUCCUCCACGUGUAACGAUAUCAGGGUUGCCCUUGAAAACCACGGCUGUUUCAUAGCACUCUACAAUGGAGUCUCUACCAAGCUUCAAGAAUCCGUCUUCCAAGCUGCAGACGAAUUAUUUGACCUCCCAACGGAGACCAAAAUCAAAAACAUCGUCUCAAAGCCUUACCAUGGAUACGUAGGCCAGAUGCCCAUUAUCCCACUUCAUGAAGGGUUAGGAAUCGACUACGCUACAGACCACGAAGGAGCUCAAAGUUUCACAAACCUCAUGUGGCCAAACGGAAAUCAAUCCUUCUAUGAAACUUCAAUGUUGUUUUCAAGGGCAGUGAAGGAAUUAGAAAACAUGGUGAUAAAGAUGAUGUUUGAAAGCUACGGUGUGGGAAAGUACAUUGACUUGCAUAUGGACUCCACGACUUAUCUUCUUCGGUAUUUAAAAUACAGAGCACCAGAGAUGAAUGAAACCACAAUGGCUUUUCCUUCUCAUACAGAUAAAAGCUUUUUGACAAUACUUCAUCAGAAUCAGGUUUCAGGGUUGGAAAUAAGAACAAGGAAUGAGGAAUGGAUUUCUGUUGAAUACCCUCCUUCGUCUUUUGUGGUCAUGGCAGGCGAUGCUUGCAAGGCUUGGAGUAAUGAUAGGGUGCUAUCGCCGAACCAUAAAGUAACCAUGGAAAAGAAUGGGAAGGAAACGAGAUAUACUAUUGCGUUGUUCUCGUUUUUGAGUAAGAAGGUGGAAGUACCAGAUGAGUUGGUGGAUUAUGAGCAUCCUCUAAAGUACAAGGCGUUUGAUCAUGUUGAUCUUCUGAAUUAUUAUGUCACGGAAAAUGGAAGGAAAUCGCAGAAUAUUCUCCAAGAUUUCUGUGGUGUUUAAAUAUAUAUCUACUAUAAAUAUAAUGAAUGCACUACUGCUAUAUAGUAUGUUUUAGCAGCAUUAUUGAAGAUCUCAUGCCUU